AUGGAUUUCUCCUUCUCUUUCAUGCAAGGGAUCAUGGGAAACACAAUCCAGCAACCCCCUCAACUCAUCGACUCAGCCAACAACCGGCAGGAUGAUGCCAACAGCAGCGAUCAGGCUGACGAGGGCGGUCAUACGCCCUAUGAUUCUGGCCUGCAGCCGGACUUUCAGUACCACACACCUACCACACGAGGACUUGCCACCCCUCACCAAUGGCUAUCAGUCCUCUCUGGGAUAUGACUCACAGAUCAAAUACCAGGCAUAUUCUCAGUUCCCUAAUGGCUCAGCCAAUGGGUAUGGCAGCAGAAACUUCAGUACCCUGGAGUAUUACCACCAUUUGGAGACUGCCGCUAUGCGGCCUAAUGAUGGGGGGGGUAAUUAAAUCUUCUCCUCCUCAACCCACCUCCCCUCCAACAAUUCUUCAGCCCCCUCCUUCCUCAACCACUUUUACUCCAAAAAAGACUGGCUCCCCAGAGAUCAAGUUAAGAAUUACAAAGACAAUUCAGAAUGGUCGGGAGAUGUUUGAAUCCUCACUAUGUGGGGAUCUCCUUCACGAAUUCCAAGCCAGUGAAAUCAACCGGAAAAAGCAUGAAAGAAGGCGGGAAAGGAAGGAGAAAAGAAAGAAGAGCAGCAAGCACCAUCACCACCAUCACCAUCACCACCGUGAGGAGGUGAAGGUGGAGGAACCACAACCCAACAAGAUUCAAAAACUGGAUCCCCCUGAGGAAGAGAUAGCUGAACAGAGCCCCCUUUCUCCGCUUUCUCCUGAAGUCCGGACUGGUGUUUGGUUUCAUGUUGGAGACUUGGUUUGGUCUAAGGUGGGAACUUACCCUUGGUGGCCCUGUAUGGUGUCCUGUGACCCCCAGCUUCAUGUUCACAGCAAGAUCAAUUCCAGAGGUGCUCGUGAAUACCAUGUGCAGUUUUUCAGCAAUGAGCCAGAGAGAGCCUGGAUACAUGAGAAGCGCAUGCGGGAAUACCGAGGUCGGAAGCAGUAUGAGCAGCUGGUGGCUGAAGAUGCUGCUAAAGUACUUAACCAGUCAGAAAGGCUCAAGAUGAGGAAACCCCGGCCGCAGAAAGAACGCAUCCAGUGGGAUAUCGGUAUCGCCCAUGCUGAGAAAGCCCUGCGGAUGACACGGGAGGAGAGAAUAGAGCAGUACACUUUCAUCUACAUAGAUCCAGAAAGCUCUCCUGAACCCAAAAAGCCAGCACCUAGUAAAAAGUGUCGGAGGUCCACAUCAAGUAGUGAGGCAGAAUCUGCCCGUUCAUCAGACGUUACCAAAUCUCCUCCAGCACCUCAAUCUACUUCUUCGUUAAGAGACUCUAGAGACUCUGUACCUGAAACCCGUAGGCAGAGCCAGAGAAAACAGGCACCGACACAGCCACCGCCAGAAGAAGAGGCACCGCCACCUCAGCCACCUCCCCCCUCCAAAAAUCCCCUGGAAGACAGCAGCUGCUCGCAAAUCCCUUCCCCCUUCAGUUCUUUUGCACAAGGGCACUAUUGACCUUCAGAAGUGCAAUAUGUCACCUGUGGUGAAAAUUGAGAAUGUUUUAGCCCUCAAGAAUGCCUCUUCUGAAGGUAUUGACCAAUUCAUAUUCACAACUAAGGGAGAUGGAACCAAGCCGGAAAUCACAAUUAAAUUGACGGAAAAGACGCCCACACCCUCCCCCAACUUGAAGGUUGAGAAAACGUCAGCACAACACACACCUGCUCCUGAAACGUCAUCGGGGGCCACAGGGAGCUCAGAGAAGAAACACCAGAGAAGGUCUAAUCGGACUCGUUCAGAAUCUGAGAAGUCCCUGGACUCUUUGCCAAAGAAGAAGGUGAAGAAAGAGCAGGUGGAAGACACCCCUCUAACAGCGGUACAGAUUGGGUUGCAGAAAGGGGCCAGUGAGAUCUCUGAUGCAUGCAAGCCCCUGAAGAAGAGAAGCCGUGCCUCCACCGAUGUGGAGCUUGCAAAUUCCUCCUACCGUGAUGCUUCAGACUCUGACUCCCGUGGCCUAAACGAUGCACAGAUCUGCUUUGAUAAGCAACCGGACAGCCCAUCGGCCAAUGCAGACGCGGAUGCCUCUGAUGUUCAGUCUGUAGAUUCCAGUGUAUCUCGGUGGUCAAGCAAGAGAGACACAGUGUGCCAGAUCUGUGAAAGUUUUGGGGAGUCGCUGGUGUCUUGCGAUGGGGACUGCUCUCGUCUCUUCCAUCUUGAGUGUCUGGGCAUGGAUGCACUGCCAGAUGGGAAAUUUAUCUGCAUGGAGUGCAAAACCGGUCUCCACACUUGUUUCUCUUGCAAGAUACCCAGUACCAGUGUCAAGCGCUGUUCUGUCCCUUCAUGUGGAAAGUUUUACCAUGAAUCCUGUGCCCGCCAGUAUUCAGCAACAGUCUUCGAUUCAAAGGGUUUCCGGUGCCCACACCAUUGCUGUACCUCUUGCAGUGCUGACAAGGACAUGUUCAGAGCCUCCAAAGGGCGCAUGUUACGCUGUGUACGAUGCCCAGUGGCAUAUCACAGUGGAGACAACUGUGUGGCUGCAGGCAGCCUCAUCCUCACUGGUAAUCUCAUCAUUUGCAGCAACCAUUCCAAGCGCAGUGGUCACUCUUCCUGUGCUGUCAACGUGAGCUUCUGCUUCGUUUGUGCUCGAGGGCUGAUAGUUCAGGAUUAUACCCUGGUCAGUUCUAUGUCCUUUAAGUCCCACUUUCUACUGAAUGACUCAAAGCGUGCAGAGUUGAUGAAAAUACCUAUGAUUCCUUCUUCCUCGCCAGCUUUCCUAAAGAAAUCUGAGAAAGGCGGCAAACUCCUAUGCUGCGAUUCGUGUCCAGCCGCCUUCCACCCUUCCUGUCUCAGCAUAGAGAUGCCACAAGGAUCUUGGAGCUGCAAUGACUGCAGGACUGGAAAGAAGCUGCACUACAAACAGAUUGUGUGGGUCAAGCUUGGGAAUUACAGGUGGUGGCCAGCUGAGAUCUGCAAUCCAAGGUCCGUUCCACUCAAUAUCCAGGGCCUGAAACAUGACAUAGGAGAUUUCCCCGUUUUCUUCUUUGGUUCUCAUGAUUAUUACUGGGUACACCAGGGUCGUGUGUUUCCCUACGUAGAAGGGGAUAAAAGCUUUGCAGAGGGCCAGACCAGUAUUAACAAAACUUUUAAGAAAGCUCUGGAAGAGGCUGCUAAAAGGUUCCAGGAACUGAAGGCACAGAGGGAGAGUAAAGAAGCACUGGAAGUGGAGAGAAACUCCAGAAAACCACCCCCGUACAAGCACAUCAGGAACAACAAACCCGUGGGGAAAAUUCAGAUCCAGGUGGCAGACAUCUCGGAAAUACCUCGUUGUAACUGUCGUCCCACUGAUGAAUCUCCAUGUGGCCUGGACUCCCAGUGCCUGAACCGUAUGUUGCUCUAUGAGUGUCACCCACAGGUGUGCCCUGCUGGGGAGAGAUGCCAAAACCAGAGCUUUACUAAACGGCUUUACCCCGAGACUGAGAUCUUCCGCACUGAGAGGAGAGGCUGGGGCCUUCUGUGCAAGAGAGAUAUUCGAAAGGGCGAGUUUGUGAAUGAAUACGUAGGGGAGUUGAUCGAUGAGGAAGAGUGCAGACUACGCUUGAAACGAGCCCAUGAAAACGGAGUCACCAACUUCUACUUGCUUACUGUCACCAAGGAUCGUAUCAUAGAUGCUGGCCCUAAGGGGAAUUAUUCCCGUUUCAUGAAUCACAGCUGUAACCCAAACUGCGACACCCAAAAGUGGACGGUGAAUGGCGAUGUGAGAGUCGGACUGUUUGCGCUUUGUGACAUACCUCAAGGCACUGAGUUAACCUUUAAUUAUAACCUUGACUGUCUGGGAAACGGUCGAACGGAGUGUCAUUGUGGUGCAGAUAACUGCAGUGGUUUCUUGGGGGUACGACCAAAAACAGCUUGUGCUACAGCAACAGAAGAAAAGGCCAAAAAUGCCCGCUUGAAAGCAAAGAAACGCAAAAUCAAAACUGAGCAGAAACAGAUGCAUGAAGAUUUCUGUUUCCGCUGUGGUGAUGGAGGGGAGCUGGUGAUGUGUGAUAAGAGAGACUGUCCUAAAGCUUAUCACCUCCUCUGCCUUAACCUGACACAGCCUCCCUACGGUAAAUGGGACUGCCCGUGGCACCAGUGUGACAAAUGCGGAUCCUCCUCUUCAUCCUUCUGUGAAUUCUGCCCUUCGUCUUUCUGCAAAGAGCAUGAGAAAGGAGAGUUGACAAUCUCAUCCCUGGAAGGGAGACUGUGCUGCUCUGAGCAUGACCCCAAGCGCCCACUGGCAUACGGAGAGAAGAAAUUUAAAUUUAAAAUUGAGCGUGAGGAUUCUUCAUUCCCAUCAGAGUUUUUAAAAGAGAUGAUGCACUUCAGAUCGAAACCUCUUCUUGUUCGUACAGUGUAA